AUGGUGGUAAUUGUCACGGUUGAUAAUGCUAAAUCCAAUGAUGUGGCUCUUGAUUAUUUGAAGAAGAAGUUGGAGAUGAAGGAUGGUUGUAUGUUGGGUGGCCAGUUCUUGCACAUGAGAUGUGCUACUCAUAUAUUGAAUCUCAUUGUGCAAGAGCGAUUGAAAGGCAUUCAUAGCUCAAUUGUUAAGGUGAGGAAUGCAGUGCAGUAUGUUAAAUUAUCUCCAAAAAGAAUGGAUAGGUUCAAGGAAGCUGUAGAGGAUGAAAAAAUCCAAUUUAAGAGUUUGUUAUCUCUUAAUGUCCCUAAUAGAUGGAAUUCCACAUAUCUUAUGUUAGAGGUAGCCGAGAAGUUUGAAACAGUCUUUGAUAGGAUGCAUGAAGAGGAUGUGGAAUUUAGUUCUUACUUUAUGGAGGUAGAUGGAAAUGGGAAACAGAAACACAUAGGUCCUCCCAAGGGUGAGGAUUGGGUGAAUGUCAGAAUGUUUUGUAAUUUUCUCCGGCUUUUUUAUGAGGUAACUCUACGUUUUUCUGGUUCUUUAUUUGUCACUUCAAAUACUUAUUUUUGGGAGCUAGUGGGAAUUCAAAAUGAAUUGCAUAGAUUGUGUGGCAUUGUUGGUGAUCCUCUCUUAAAAGAAAUGACACAAUCUAUGAAGGAAAAAUAUGAGAAGUAUUGGGGAGACAUUGAAAAUAUGAAUUUGAUGAUGUUUAUUGCCGUGGUUCUUAACUCAAGAUAUAAGAUUAAAUAUUUGAAAUACUGGUUUAAUAAGUGGUAUUCAAAAAAGAAGGCAGAGUUUUCUUUAAAAUUGGUAAGGGAUGCUUUAGAUAAGUUGUAUGCCCACUAUGCAAAGGGUACUGAAUUAUCUAGUGCUAGUGGCAAUAGGCAGGUCACUAAUGUUGGUUCUUCAACAGAAUCAAGUGCUAGUUUUCCAUAUGAUCCAUGGAAGAUUGCUUCACAUGAGUUCGAUGAACACAAAGCUACAAAAGAUGAUAAUGAAUGCACUACCGAUGUGGACAAAUAUCUUAAUGAAUCUAGUGAAAAAAAUAGGGAGAGUUUUGAUAUUUUGGCUUGCUGGAAGGUGAAUUCAACUAGAUAUGUAAUCCUUUUGGGGUAG